AGUGAGAGAGAGACUCUUCCACAACAUUUUCAGACACAGAGAGAGAGAGAGAGAGAGAGAGAGAAGCGAAUAAAGAGAUCCGGAAGAAUGGCGACGGCGAUAGUACGUUCAGCACUUUCACGAGCAGCGAUCGGCGCGGCCCCGAGGACAUCCGUUGCCCCAAAGAGAAGAUUUUCAUCUUCUGCUGGCCAUGACGAUGCUUAUGAAGCAGCGAAGUGGGAGAAGAUAACAUAUCUGGGAAUAGCUAGUUGCACUGCUCUAGCCGCCUAUGUUUUAUCUAAGGGUCAUCAUCACGGCGAGGAUCCUCCUGCCUAUCCAUAUAUGCACAUCCGCAACAAGGAGUUUCCUUGGGGUCCAGACGGUCUCUUUGAGGUGAAGCACAACGAAGGGCACUGAAAUCUUCUUUGCGUCUUUACAAUAAAUUUUCUUAUUCUCUGUUCAUUUGAUAGGCUAAAUUGCUUAUCGUCUUUGUUUUAACGUUGUCUACUAUUUGCUACACCACUCUUGUUGGGAAAUAAGAAUAAUAACUUUGGUUUGUU